AUGGAGUUCGAUGAUGUUCAACCGUCCGAAAUCGCCUUCCAAAAGAAGCUUUUUUCGUCGAGGUUCUCCGUCAUAUUCCUCGUCGUGGUGCGAAACGUGACCUGUGUCAUGAAGGUGGUAAGUCAACUCGGUCCAGGACCGUAUUAUGAACCGGAUGAUCGUGAAUUGGACAUCCAUGUCAUGGAAUCUACUGCCUAUCAUCGGUUGAAGGCUGCCGGAGUUUGUGACCGUGGCCUGGUGCCGGACUUUUUCGGAUCGAUGAGAAAGUUUGACCCUGCGCCAUACCAGCCACAUCUAAAGAUGUUCAUGGAGGAUGAAUAUCCUCCCAGUGCGAUCUUCUUGGAGUAUAUACCGAACCUUGAGAUGAUCACCAUUCACAACUACACGCCCCAACGGAUGGAGAAUCUGAUUCGAAGUAUCAAAGAGAUUCACAAGGCAUUUGUGCUGCACCACGACCCGAAACCCCGGAAUAUGAUGGUGGUCAAAGAUGACCCUGAGCGGGUGAUAUGGUUGGAUUUUGAUCGAGCAAGGACCUUUGAUGGGGACCUCGUCACGGAUGCCCAGAGGCAGUUAUUGGACGAGGAAUUGGAGAUGGUGACAUGCUUGCAGCAGCUUCUGGAAGCGGACUGCAAGAAAGGGAGACUGGAAGAAGCAUACAUUCUCUACUGCACUUGA